UUGCUAUGCUAUGCCCCACUUUCCACUUCCCAUUUCGCCAUUUCCAUUUCCUCAGUUUCUGCGUUGCAACAUUUUGAGAGAGAGAUAGAGAGAGGAAAGUGGCUCUCUCUUUUGCUCAGUGUUCCUCUGCCCCUAACAAGUGAAGAGGGAAACUGUUUCUUGGUAUGGUGGUAGAGACCAGAGUAUUGACAUGGCGGAGGGGGUUCAAGUCCCUUCAGGCUCUGGCAGCUCACGGUUUUCUUUUAUCCUUCACGCUUUUGGUUGCUCUCAAGCUCGACCAAGCCGUCUCCUACUCCUGGUGGAUUGUAUUUUCACCUCUAUGGCUUUUUCAUCUAGUUGCAGCAAGAGGCAGGUUUUCUCUACCUGCUCCAACCAUGCCUCAUGACCGUUAUUGGGCACCGUGGCAUGCUGUCAUGGCAACACCAUUACUUGUUGCUUUCGAACUACUUCUUUGUAUAUUCUUAGAGUGCAGUAAUGUUGUAAAUUUGAAGAUUGUCUUUGUUCCCCUCAUGAUAUUUGAGCUUGCAAUUUUGGUCGAUAAUGUCAGGAUGUGUAAAGCCUUACUACCUGGAGAUGAAGAAGACAAUGUAAGCGACGAAGUUAUAUGGGAAACACUUCCUCACUUCUGGGUCUCAAUUUCCAUGGUUUUCUUCAUUGCUGCAACCCUGUUCACGCUUCUAAAGCUAUGUGGCGAUGUAGCAGCUUUGGGCUGGUGGGAUUUAUUUAUAAAUUUCUGUAUAGCUGAGUGCUUUGCAUUUCUUGUUUGCACGAAGUGGUAUAAUCCUAUGAUUCAUAGGCACUCUCUCAUUAGAGAAUCAAGUUCAUCUUCGCUGACUAUUAGAUACCUUGACUGGGGUAGAGGUGUGGUGGUUUCUUCUGACGAGGAUCGGCACCAAGUAAGAGUUUGUAACCUACAGGAUAUUGGUGGACACAUCAUGAAGGUUCCUCUUAUCAUUUUCCAAAUCCUGCUUUUUAUGCGCUUAGAGGGAACCCCAAGGAGUUCUUCAUAUAUUCCUUGUCUCGCUCUGUUCUCUCCUCUUUUCUUACUGCAAGGAGUGGGUUUCAUAUUUGCAGCAUAUAGAUCAAUGGAAAAAAUUUUAAUUUUAUUGUUUGGUGCUCCUACUUCUGUAAGAUACCUUGACCUAAGAUCAAAGGCUCGUGAACUUUUAGGAUUCAUGCAUCAUGGAUCGAGGUUGCUAGGUUGGUGGUCAAUUGAUGAAGGUAGUCAAGAGGAGCAAGCUAAACUUUAUUAUUCUGGAGCUUCUGGGUACGAUACUUUCACACCAGAGAGUGUAAAGAAAAUGACCAAAUCCAAACUCGUUGAUGAGAUAUGGAGAUUACAAGCUGCAUUAAACCAGCAGACAGAAGUUACGAAAUUCAGCCGACAGGAGCAUGAAAAAAUUCUUAAUGAAAAGAUUCUUUGCAGAAUAUGCUUUGAUGAAGAUAUUGAUAUGGUUCUUCUUCCCUGUAGGCAUCACAUUCUCUGCAGCACUUGCUGUGAGAAGUGUAAUCGAUGCCCAAUCUGUCGGGAAUCUAUCGAAGAACGACUGCCUGUAAAUGAUGUUUGGUAGAACAGAACUAGAAGCGCUGGAUUGUUGCUUGUGAUUUUUUAGAUGGGACAGGCAUCAACAGUGUGUAACAUUUGAUUUAUAUACAAUUUGAAAGUUCACUGAGUGUAGAGUUCAUUUUGAUAUGAACACUAUGAUUUGGACUGUAAUUGAAUGAGAAAUGAUCCUUUCAACCAAGAUUGCCACAUUCACUAAAAUGUUUAGCUUAUUUUGGUCAUCUCAAAUGUAAUUAAUAUUUGAACUGGG